UCCAGAAAAAUAAACAAUUAUUGUGUUCAUAUAAAAUUAAACGUGUUUUUAAGAUGGGAAAAUCUGGCGAUGCGAAAUCUACGCGGAAACCAUACGAGGAGAUUGGUGCGAUGUUUAAUGGAAACGAGGUUAAAAUAAGAAUACCUAAGAGCACUUCAAAACCACCAAAGCUAACUCCUUCUCAGCUAAAGCUACAAAAUCUAUGUACCUGUGACGACGACCGCUCUGUCUGCUCAGAGACCUGUGGCUUUCCAGGUGAAGACGAUGGCGCGCCCGCUAAUAGAAUGAACUUUCAGAUACCCGAUGAUAUUUGCGAGGCGCUCACAAACAGGAAUCCACUCAAUUCAGAGUUAAUAUAUAGCAAGGCGGAAGCACACGAUAACCUGUGUACUACAUGUAACGUGACGCCUAAAAACGCUCCAAAGGGUGUAGAGGCGCAAAAGGUGCUCCAUCCGGACAAAGAUGUGUUUUUGCUAAAGAUCGGUAAACAGACGGAUGAGCCCAAUCGAACGGGAAACAUUGAGGUAGAGCUAGUGACUCCACGGGCCCCUGCAAAAGCUAAACCCGCGACACAUUCCUGCAAGCAAAUCCAAUGCGAAGAGGAAAAUUUGCCAUGCUGCUUGCCAUGUAGGAAUUGUCGAGCAGUUUAUACCAAGAAGAAAAAGGGAAGGCAACCGAAAUGCUGUCUGUAAACAUGAAAUCAAAGCAAUGCAAAUCGUAUAGUAUUUGGUGACAUAUCAAAAAUUUACUUCCUUGUCUUUUCCUCUUAAUAAUAUUAAAAGUUUAAAAAUAUA